AUGUCCAUCUCCAACGAACCCCAACCUCCAUACCCUCUUCAUGACUCGGUGAAAGACCUUUUGGACCCGGAGUAUGUGAAGUUUUACAACCAGCAUGUCAUCAAUUUACAACAGGUUCAUCUUCAGCCGGUUGAGGCCUCGAGAACUGGCGGCGUCCUGAUUCCCGGGGGUGGCCCGCUGCUCGACGUCGGAAAGACGGAAGAUAUCACCAUCCAGCGACGAGAAACAGAAGGCCCAGAGAUCCUACUGCGGGCGUUCAUUCCCAAGGGAGAAAAGCCUGCGUCGGGAUGGCCGGUAAUGCUCUAUUUCCACGGAGGUGGUUGGGUUCUUGGGAACAUCAAUACGGAGAACCCCGUAUGUACCAAUCUGUGCGUGCGGGGAAACUGCGUUGUCGUGACGGUUGACUAUCGGCUUGCCCCCGAAAAUCGUUGGCCAGCUGCCGUACACGACUGCUGGGAAGCUUUGCUCUGGCUCUUGGCCGAUGGUCCCUCGAGACUUCCCAUCGACAUCUCCAAGAUGGCCACUGGAGGUUCUUCUGCUGGUGGGAACCUCGCCUCGAUCAUCACGCACAAGGCGCUCACGUUAUCCCCUCCCGUACACUUCCUUGCGCAGUUACUCUCGGUCCCAGUCGCAGAUAACACAGCUACGGUGGAGAACAAUGAGUCCUACCGGCGAUAUGAACGCACGCCAGCCCUUCCGGCUCCUAAAAUGUUGUGGUAUCGCAACCAUUACCUUCCUGACGAGGCGGAUUGGGCCAACCCCGAGGCGAGUCCGCUGUUUUAUCGGGGAGACUGGUCACAACUUCCGAGGGCAUUAGUAAUGGUGGGCGAGCUGGACGUUCUCCGAACGGAAGGGGAGCAAUAUGCGGAUAAGUUGAAAAAGGCUGGCGUGCAGGUGGAUCUGCAAGUGAUGAAGGGAAUGCCGCAUCCAUUCCUGGCGAUGGAUGGGGUGCUCCAGGAGGGAAAGAGGUCGAUCACAUUGAUGUGUGAUUUGCUGAAGGAGGUCUUUUAG